UGAACUAGUCCUGCAUUUCUAGCCUUCAAAACAAGCACAAAAACACCACCUUACCUUCUCCUCUAUCUCCCAAGAAGAAGAAGAAGAAGAACAUGGCCACCAUCACCACUCCAACUUCAAUCAUCUCAAGCACCAUUACCGUGCCUAAGGCGGCCGCCGCGUCUUCUCCAUCGGCAAUCCUAGGUUUGGCUGGAAUGAGAAUGAGAGGUGGGAAAGUGAGAUGCUCCUCAGAGAAGAAGGAGGUGGCACGGGCCGGGACCGGUGCAUCGUUGUUGGCGGCGGCGGCGGUGAUGGGUGCAUCGAACCCGGUGCUGGCGCUGGUGGAUGAGAGGAUGAGCACAGAGGGGACUGGACUUAGCCUGGGACUCAGCAACAAUCUGUUGGGAUGGAUACUGUUUGGUGUGUUUGGUCUUAUAUGGGCACUUUACACUGUGUACACAUCCACUCUUGAGGAGGAUGAGGAGUCUGGUCUGUCACUUUGAGUUGUUUCAGACUGGUGUUUCUAAGCUUGUGCUGAAAAGCAAAUGGAACAUGAAAGCUUGUGAAAUCUUUAUGAUGUAUUGAAAUAUAAGUUUGUAUCAUGGUCUGUAAUAAAUAUUUGGCAUGAAUUUA